UUCAAGAAACGAAUAGUAAACAAAUACCUCUAUCAUUAUCUAGUACUCUAUGCUUGAUUGUACAGUUCAGGUUCACAGUUCUCAGCUGUAGCAGCGAAUAGACCGCAGUAUUCCAUUGUACCUCUCUAUUCAGUUGUAGCGUCGAAGCUACUAUUCAAAAUGUUCAGGUUAUCAGCUGAGUCAAAUGUCAUUCAUGUUUCAUGUUCAGUUAGCUCGUCUGUAACCUAACCUAUGGCAGGUCAAUUCAAUUAAUUAGGAAAGUUGUUUACAAUAAUUAAUUAUUCAUCUUGCUACACAAAUUACAAAACUGUAAUAAUUACAUCUAUAAACUCUUGGCACGAGUAAAGAGCUAAUCUGAUUUAUUGGUCGUCCAAGUUGAUUUGAGUGAAGAGAAAUUUAUUCUCUCUCUUGCUCUUGGAACAAGUUCAGCAAAAGUGAUUGUUUGUGUGUUGUGUGUGAAUGUUGUGCUUCUAACCUCCAACUCCAAUUUUCUCUAAAUUAACAUCCUCAACUAAUAUUUUUCAUCAAUAUAAUUCUACUUUGAAGGUAACUUGCGUUAUUAUACUAUGAUUUUUGUGCUGUAAGCAGUAGUUUCAGAGGUUAUAUUUGUUAAUUUGAACACUUAUUCUUGGCCAAGUAUCUUGCAAUUCGAACAUCAUGGAUUUACUCAGUUCUAUUUUAAACUCAAUGGAUAAACCUCCGUCGGCCAGUGAUGGACAAAAAGAACAAAUGAAGAAACAGAGAGAAGCAAUGUUACGUAAACAGAAUGAAGAGAGAGAAAAGUUUCACAAAUUUCGUAAGAGCGUCGAGGAUAAGGUGAAUAAGUUUCAGCAAAAAAUUGAAGAGAGGCGACUAAUAUUUGAACCGAUGGAUCAAGUUUUUCGAGGAAUUAUUCACGAUGUAGCAGAAAUUGCGGGUAUGACUGCGUAUUCUUUCGGGGAGGAAGGUUACGAUCGAUACACUAUUGUUUACAAAAAAGACUUUCCGCCCAGUGAAGAUGAGAUUACAACACUCCGAAACGGCGAAGAAUGGAACGAGGAAAAGGCAAAAGAAAUUGCACAAAAGCGAAAACUUGAGAAAGAUGAGGAAGAGUACGUGAAAAAGAAGCCUGAUAAAAUUGUGCCGAAAUCGAACUACCAGGAAAAGUAUCAACAUUUGAUUGGGACCGAAGUUGCUAAGGAUGCCGCGCGAGUCACUCAGACCAACAAGAGCUACGGUUUUGUUCCCAGUGAAAAUAAGAAGGAUGUUAGGUCGAUUGAACAGACUUUGGCCGACAUACAAUCAAAGAAACGGCAGAAGCUUGAACACAAGACUGACUCCACUUAAAUAAUAUUUCAUUAAUCUAAGACAUUUUCCGUCGAACCGUACAAUCAACGAUUCAAGUUACUUUUUUAGUUUAUUUGUCUUUAAAUCUGGGACAUCCUUGACAAUUAUGAUUACCGUACUUAUUUAUUGAUUCAACUCGCAUGCUGUGGUUCACAACACUACAAAAACUCGAUAUUAUUUUUUACCUAGAAGGGUUUAUCAUUCUACAACUAAUUUAUUGUUAUUAAAUCUUAGAAUAAAUAAUCAAUGAUAUUUCAUUGCUAGAAAGAUUGUUAAUUUUUAUCUGUGGAAAAAAUCAAUAUUAAAGUGCAUCAGUAUUGAUCUCAA